ACUGAAGUCGGCACAGAAUAGAAAAGCAAUUCAAUAAUUUUCGCAAAUUACGCUUGCUAACAAAACGUUGCAAGAUGCCCGUGCUGCCUAUGCCGCCGCUUAUGCAGAAUGCCGUGGAGCCAAUGCAAGUGGAUGCGCCACCGAACGAAGACAAUGAAAACAAUGAAGAGCAUCAAAUUGUGGUUGAAAAUCCGACAAUCGAUCUGGAGGUAUAUGCCAAUCAAUAUACGGGCAUCGCGCGUCUCGAUCGCCUGAUUUAUGUGGCCGACGUUUGCCCACUUCUGGCCCUGGAGGCACUCAAAAUGGCCAUCACCUACGUGCAGUCCACCUACAACGUGAAGGUCUAUCAGAUGUUGCACAAGCGUUUGGCCGAUCUACAAGCGGCUGCUGGAGUUGCGGGUGCGGCAGCUGCUGUUGUUGCAGGCGGUGAUCAAGCAGCCGGCGCGGCUGCCGCUGUUGCAGUUGCCGCUCUGCCCGACAUUGCUGCACAGCCGGCAGCAGCAGCUGCGGCUCAGGCGAAUGCCACCAGCGCUAGCGGCGAGAAGGAUGCUUUUGCCUAUGACGCUGUCUGGGUAGAUGCGAAAAUGAAGAAGGCGGCUCUCAAACUGGAGAAACUCGACUCGGAUCUAAAGAACUAUAAAUCGAAUUCCAUCAAGGAGAGCAUCCGGCGCGGCCACGACGAUCUGGCGGAUCAUUACCUGAGCUGUGGCGAUCUGACCAAUGCUCUGAAGUGUUAUUCGCGUGCGCGCGAUUACUGCACCAGUGGCAAGCAUGUGGUCAAUAUGUGCCUGAAUGUUAUCAAGGUUUCCAUUUACUUAAAGAACUGGGCGCAUGUCUUGAGCUACAUAUCAAAGGCGGAGAGUACGCCCGACUUUUCCGAGGGCUCCAAGGAGGCAAAUGCACAGGUGCACACGCGCCUGGAGUGCGCCGCCGGCUUGGCCGAGCUGCAGCAAAAGAAAUACAAAGUGGCGGCCAAGCAUUUUUUGGCAGCCAACUUUGAUCAUUGUGACUUUCCAGAAAUGAUCUCCACCAGCAAUGUGGCCGUCUACGGCGGCCUCUGCGCCUUGGCCACCUUUGAUCGGCCGGAGCUGAAGCGUCUGGUAAUUGCUUCCACCUCGUUCAAGCUGUUCCUCGAGCUGGAGCCGCAGCUGCGUGAUAUUAUCUUCAAGUUUUACGAGAGCAAAUACGCCAGCUGCCUUACGCUGCUCGACGAGAUACGCGACAAUCUGCUGGUGGACAUGUACAUAGCCCCACACGUCAGCAUACUCUACACGAAGAUACGCAACCGUGCGCUAAUCCAAUAUUUCAGCCCAUAUAUGUCCGCUGAUAUGCACAAAAUGGCCACUGCCUUCAACUCGACCGUGGGCGAUCUGGAGAACGAGGUGAUGCAGCUCAUACUGGACGGCCAGAUUCAGGCGCGCAUCGACUCGCACAACAAGAUACUCUACGCCAAGGAGGCCGAUCAGCGCAACAGCACUUUCGAGCGCGCCCUGCUCAUGGGCAAGCAAUACCAGCGCCACACCCGCAUGCUUAUACUGCGCGCUGCCAUGCUCAAGAGCCACAUCCAUGUGAAGAGCGUCUCCCGCGAGACUGGCAGCAAUCAUGGCGCCGAGCUGUGCGUCUCUGCGGGCUCCAGCACAACCGCACAACUGGCUCGCAUCUAAAGCCAACUACAAUAUAUAGCAACAUUCGAUACACACGCGAACGGUCAACUGUGUUAACCCGAACAAGUUGAUCCUUUUUAUUUUUUCCUUCUGCGAAUUUCUUGUGUGCGGCAAAAUAAAGUCUUAUAGCGAAGCUAAUUAAUUCAAAAUAA